GCCAAGCGACUUCUGAAGAGCUUUCUUCUGCUGUCCUGUUAAUGUGCUGUGUGCCUUCACGUGCAGAUAGACUGUAAAAACAGGAUCCAUUAGGAAUUUUUAGCACUUUGAGAUACAACAAUGGUGGUGCAUAUGCUGUUCAAAUGGAUUGUAAAAGGGCUGAUUCUGUCUUUUCUGCUCAAAACUACUCUGUCCCUGAACCCGGAUGAUCCAAAUGUUUGUAGUCAUUGGGAAAGCUACGCUGUGACAGUACAGGAAUCUUAUGCUCAUCCUUUUGAUCAGAUCUAUUAUACAAGAUGUACUGACAUACUGAACUGGUUCAAGUGCACUAGACAUAGAAUAAGUUAUAAAACAGCAUAUCGAAGAGGACUAAGAACUAUGUAUCGGCGAAGAUCUCAGUGCUGCCCUGGAUAUUACGAAAGUGGAGACUACUGUAUACCACUCUGCACAGAGGAGUGUGUGCAUGGAAGAUGUGUCUCUCCUGACACUUGUCAUUGUGAACCAGGAUGGGGAGGUACUGAUUGCUCUAGUGGUUGCGAUAGCGAUCACUGGGGACCCCACUGCAGCAACCGCUGCCAGUGUCAGAAUGAGGCUCUCUGCAACCCCAUCACGGGUGCCUGCGUCUGUGCGGAUGGGUACCAAGGAUGGCGCUGUGAAGAGCUCUGUGACCCCGGGAGCUACGGCAAGGGCUGCCAGCUCAAAUGCCAAUGUCACAACGGAGCUACCUGCGACCAUAAAACGGGAGAAUGUCACUGUGCUCCCGGAUACACAGGGGUAUUUUGUGAAGAGCGCUGUCCCCCAGGCAGCCAUGGAGCCCAGUGUGAAUUGCGCUGCCCUUGCCAGAACGGAGGAGUCUGCCACCACAUCACUGGAGAGUGCUCCUGUCCUCCUGGAUGGAUGGGGUUGGUGUGUGCACAGCCGUGUCCUCCUGGAACAUUUGGAAUUAACUGCAGCCAGGACUGUCCAUGCCACAACGGAGGACAUUGUGAUCCUGUGACAGGAAAAUGCGUCUGUACAGCUGGCUAUAUAGGAGACAGGUGUCAAGAAGAGUGUCCUAUUGGGACAUAUGGCUUUCAGUGCACACAAAGAUGUGACUGCCAAAACGGUGCGAAGUGUUAUCAUGUAAAUGGAGCAUGUUUGUGUGACCCUGGCUUUAAAGGGAUUUACUGCCAAGAAAGAAUGUGUCCAGAAGGGUUUUAUGGCCUCAAAUGCAACAAGAGGUGUCCUUGCAAUAUUACCAACACUCUUAGUUGCCAUCCGUUGUCUGGAGAAUGUAGCUGCAAAGCUGGCUGGGCUGGACUCUACUGCAAUGAAACCUGUCCCCCUGGAUACUAUGGCGAGGGCUGCCAGCUCACCUGCCCUUGCCAGAAUGGUGCAGAUUGUGACAGCAUCACAGGGAAGUGUACGUGUGCACCGGGAUAUAUGGGAGAUGACUGCACCGUUACCUGCAUGGCAGGAACCUACGGAACCAAUUGCUUGUCAGUUUGCAAUUGCAAAAAUGAUGGUGCGUGUUCCCCUGUGGAUGGUCUGUGCUAUUGCAAAGAAGGGUGGCAAGGAGUGGAUUGCUCUAUUCCAUGUUCAAGUGGAAGUUGGGGUCUUAACUGUAACCAGACGUGUUUUUGCACAAACGGAGCGGCCUGCAGGCCGGCUGAUGGCUUUUGUCUCUGCUCACCUGGAUGGCAAGGGGAGUACUGCGACCAGCCGUGUCCUGAUGGAACAUAUGGUCUUAAUUGCAGUGAACGUUGUGACUGUAGCCAUGCAGAUGGGUGCGAUCCUGUCACUGGUUACUGCUGCUGUCUUGCAGGCUGGACAGGCAUCCACUGCGACAGUAUAUGUACCCAGGGCCGCUGGGGACCAAACUGCUCCAUCUCCUGCAACUGUGAGAACGGGGGAUCCUGCUCCCCAGAGGAUGGCACCUGUGACUGUGCACCAGGAUACAGAGGACCCUUGUGCCAGAGAAUUUGCCCUCCUGGCUUUUAUGGCCACCACUGCAGCCAGCCAUGCCCUCAGUGUGUGCACAGCAGCGGGCCUUGUCACCACGUGUCGGGACACUGCGACUGCUUGCCUGGAUUCUUUGGCGCUCUCUGCAACCAAGUCUGUCCCAGUGGAAAAUACGGGGAGAACUGUGGCGAGGUCUGUCAGUGCACCGAGAACGGGACGUGCAAUCCUAUUGAUGGAUCGUGUCAGUGUUUUCCAGGCUGGAUAGGGACAGACUGCUCUCAGACUUGUCCCACUGGUUUUUGGGGCCCUGAUUGCUUUCAUUCAUGCAACUGCCACAACGGAGCAAUGUGCAGCCCUUACGAUGGAGAAUGUAGAUGUACUCAUGGUUGGACGGGGCUCUACUGCACCCAGCGUUGCCCAGCUGCUUUUUAUGGAAAAAACUGUGCCAAUGUUUGUCAGUGUCAGAACGGAGCGGACUGUGACCACAUCACUGGCCAGUGCACGUGCAGGACUGGAUUUACAGGCAAACAAUGUGAGCAAAAGUGCUCACCAGGAACAUUCGGUUAUGGUUGCAAACAACUAUGUGAAUGCAUGAAUAAUGCUACAUGUGACCAUGUCACAGGUACUUGCUACUGCAGUCCAGGCUUCAAGGGAAUCCGAUGUGAUCAAGCGGCUCUUAUGAUGGAGGAAUUAAACCCCUAUACUAAAAUUAGCCCUGCUCUUGGAUCAGAGAGGCACUCAGUGGGAGCAAUCAUUGGAAUUAUUAUUCUCCUUCUAAUUAUUAUGGUCUUGCUGGCACUGUUUGUGUGGUAUCGACGGAAACAGAAGGAGAAGGGCCAUGACAUGCCAAGUGUAUCUUAUACACCAGCCAUGCGGAUGACUAAUACAGAUUACUCACUUUCUGGUGCUUGUGGGAUGGAUAGACGUCAGAACACAUACAUAAUGGAAAAAAGCUUCAAAGAUUAUAUGAAAGAAUCUGUGUGCAGCUCCAGCACUUGUUCUCUGAACAGCAGCGAAAACCCAUACGCCACCAUUAAAGACCCCCCCAUUUUAACAUGCAAACACUCCGAGAGCAGCUACGUGGAAAUGAAAUCGCCUGGUCACAGGGAGUCCCCAUAUUCCGAAAUGCCAACAUCAUCGAUGGCCAAUAAAAACAUCUACGAAGUUGAGCCCACCGUCAGCGUGGUCCAAGACGCCCGCGGUCGGAGUGCCAGUUACCUCCAAAAUCCAUACGACCUGCCUAGGAACAGUCACAUUCCUAGUCACUACGACCUCCUCCCCGUAAGGCACAGCCCGACGCACGGGCCAUCUUGGGACAAGCAGUCGUAA